AUGAAUAGCAAACCAGUUGUGGUUAAAAUGUGGAAUGCUGCUUUUGAUUUUGCAAAUGAAGUAUUGAAGACCAUCCCACUAUGGAUUCAACUUCCUAAGCUGCCACUUAAUUGCUGGGAGGAUGACUCGCUAAGAAGAAUUGGUAGUACAUUGGGUGUUCCUAUAUAUGCUAAUGCUUGUACCACUAAGGUUGAACGUAUAUCAUAUGCCAGAAUUUUGGUUGAAAUGUAUAUUACUAGACUUCUCCCAAAACAGAUCAUAGUGGAAGAUCCAAACGGAAUGGAAUUCGAACAGGAAGUUUGGUAUGAUUUGAUUCCUAUGUAUUGUAAUAAAUGCUUGCAACUAGGGCAUGUGUUCCAGGAACCACAGAAAGAAGCUCUGCCAAAACAAAUAAAGGGGAAAAAUCAGAAGCCUCAACAAUUCCGGAGGAGAAUAGGGCAUGAGGAAGGGGGUACACAAAGGGAUCAGGGCAUACAAAAGGAUGCUAUUCCACAAACUCAAGUACAGGAUGAGAAGCAGAAGGGAAUUGAAAAUGUACAGCCACUGAACUCUUCACAAAGUCCAGCAAUGAAUGCAGAUGAUGAAGGUUGGAAGACUGUUAAGAACAAGUCUGUGUCAAAUGGCUUAAGAAAUGUGGAAAAGAACAUGGGGGUGAGCACAUCCAAUGGUUUCAAUACCAUUGAUCCAUCAAGUUCUCAGGUGCCUGCACAAUUAAUCACUGGGAAGAUUAUCAUACACCAAAGUCAUAAAGAAUUCUGGAUGACAACAGUAUAUAGUUUGCAUACCAUUGAACAUAGAAAGGCCAUGUGGGAGGAGUUGGAACAACUGCAUAAUGAGUUACAUGGACCUUGGAUUGUUAUGGGAGACUAUAAUGCCAUUCAAAGUUUUGAAGAUAUGUAUAAUGGUAACCCUGUUAUGGAGGCAGAAACUAGAUAUUUCUCUGAUUUCCUAGAGAACACAAGAAUGACAGAACUUAAAACAGUUGGUAGAGAAUUUACGUGGACAAACAAUCAUGUAUAUAGCAGAAUAGACAGAGCUUUAGUUAAUGCUAGAUGUAUGAUGAAUAUGACACAGUUAGAGGUGGUACUGCAGGAUCCUCUCUUCUCUGAUCAUACCCCUGUUUGUGUUUACUUUGAACAUGAUCACCAACCUAUGCCUAAACUAUUCAAGUUCUUCAAUAACCUAGCUGAGCAUAAGGAGUUUCAAAGUCAAGUCAAAGAUACUUGGGAAGUUAGCAUGCUGAGGCCUGCUAUGCAAAGAAUUUGGAUGAAGUUAAAGAGGCUGAAAAAAGGAUCGAAGCAGUUAAAUGUUGAGGAGUAUAAUAGAAUUCCUAAAAUGAUCCAAGCUAUUCGAGAGAAACUACAACAAGUACAAUUGGAAAUGAGAAUCCCUAAUCACUCAGAGGGAUUGAAGAACAGUGAAAAAGAUCUGAAAGAGAAGUGGAUUAUGAACUUCUACUUAUUGUCUGUUACUUCUUGGACUUCCAGGAAAUCAGUUAUUCACCAAGCUUAA